UACAACGGUCCAACCUACAACGUUACGUUAUCUGCCUGGCUAUUAGACGGGGCCAUUGUCUAGGGAGAGUGAGGAGGGUCUGGAGAAGAAGUAGUAGAAGGGCCUUCGGGGUAGUAGGAGGAAGAAUCAGGCCCCAGCUGCAGCAAUCUGAGUCCUGCCCUGCCCGGGGCGUCUGUCCCAUUGCGCUGCACUGUCGUCGAGGCUUCCAUGCCAUCUUCUCGAACCCUUUUCCCCUUCUUCUACCACCACCCACCACCCCCUCCCUCUCUCAUUCCCAAAUCAAACCAUUCACAAUCGCCAGGUGAAGGCGAGUGUUAGUCUGCCGAGACUGUGUUGCAGCAAGAAAGUGGGCUCCUUCUCCUUCUUCUUCUUCUUCCUCUCCUGCUCCUCUUGCCGACGCAUCUUCUUGCCGCCUGGUCGUCCUCUCCUUGCUGCCGACGCUCCGCGUAACUCGUGGUUACCCAUGAAUUAAACAACGCUUCUUCAAGACUUUUUAUAUGAUUUUAUGCGCUGUCAAACUCUGAUGAGUACAUACGCUUGCACGUCCAAGUUUCUGCCACGUGUCCCUAAUAGCGAAGGAACUCAAGUUGUUGUAUGAAAGUUAAGUUACUACGAAAUUUUGGCGAUCAAUCCAUCCCGGUGGGAGGGGUUGCAAUUGGGUAGUUCAUGAAUUUGACAAUUUCCAGCAUUAUUGAACAGGGGAAGCCCAAAACAAAGAAGUGGGAUCCUUGUGGUGGCAAGGUCAAAGAACAGGCGUUGCAGUUAACGACUAAAAUAGAAUCCCCGAAAGUGAAAAAAGAAGUUGAGGAAAGCAAGUCUGAAUCUAGUUUGGAAGAAGAAUCCAAGGGAAUGCGGUUAGCGGCGAAAGACACUAGCGGUCGGAAUGCCUUUAAAUUUCGGAAUAUUGAUUUAAAUAAGGCCCCAUCGGCAUGGGAUACCGAAGAAGUUUCUGCUAGCAACACUGGCGAUACGACCAGUUUUAGGGGGGUUCGGCACCGGCCCGAGCUAAACAAAUGGGUGACAGAAAUUCGACCCACAUCUCAGAAACGUAAGAUAUGGCUGGGAACAUAUGAAACUCCGGAAGAAGCUGCCCGGGCCUACGAUGUUGGCAUCUUCUACACAAAGAAGAAGAUCCCGUACAAUUUUGAGGAUUCCCCACAGCAGCUGCAGCUAUAUCCCAUCCCCCCGGAACUGCCUUGGGAGAGUUUUGCCGCCCUCGUGAAGCAGAGGGCUACUUCCGCGGCGAAGAGGGCGAGGGUGCCUUCCUCAAGCUAGAGCGAUACGCAGCGUAAUUGACGCUGGUCGGCUGAGAGAAUGAUCAUCAAGGUGGGUUGUGAUGUUCUAUGCUCGGAUGAGUGGCUUGAAGGGUUCUGGUUCCAACCAUGAGAGCAUGACGCGAGUCCCACACGGAUGGAGCUUGUGAAUGGAGUGGUAGACUGUAGAUGGUUUUUGUAACGGCUUGAGUAAUAACGGAAGCUUCAUGGCUUGAAUGACCAGCCAUGGUGGUGUGCAAGUGAAGAUCGCUGCUUGUGUGAAGGUUUCCAUCUUUCCCAUCCCCGUCUUCCACUUUGCUACACGUUGCUAGUGUCACUUGAACAAUUCAUUCAUGGACCCUGCUCUCCUUUCCCCUGUUACGAAGUUCUUAUGGUAGAGUUCACCGAACGCAAGCUGUCUAGGAAGUUGACAGUUUGUGGGAGCCAAAAACUCUACUUGAGCUACUGUGUGCACGCCUUCUGAGUCCUCCAGCGAGGAGCCUGUAUAUUAUUGGAUGGUGCAGGAUGGGUCGCUUGGUGCCUUUCUCUUUUUCCUUUUCCUCUUUUUGUAAAUGGUUUUCCUUCUAUGAAUAUGUGAAGCUCCUCCCACGGAAGCAUAUUUUUGAUCGAACAA